AUGUCGUCGAAGUUAGUAACGCGCAGGAAUGACGAACGAAAGGCAAAGCCUUGCACCAUUGCGCGAAUGGCGGCCAUUCAAAAAAAAAUUGUACAGAUAGAUCGGCGUUUAUCUUCCUUGCAAUUCACGGGGAACUUGAAUGAGACGGUAGGCGAUGUAACUCCGCAGGAAGACAUGGAUUCCUCCGUUAUGCACAUGCUUUCGGUUGACCUUUGCCAGUUGGCAGCGUCUGGUGACGCUGUGGGGGUGCGCACACUUCUUAACUGCGGCGUUGAUACGGACUGCAGGGACUACGACGAGCAGACCCCACUGCAUAUUGCUAGUGCCUUGGGUCAUGUCCAUGUGGUUUGUCUACUGCUUGAGUUUGGGGCUGACCCUGCGCUUUUGGACAAAACUGAGAAAACGCCUUUGAAACUGGCGGAGGAGAAUCACCACAGUGACGUUGUGCAGCUGCUCCUGAAGCACUCUGAGGCCCAUCGUCAAGAGAUAGACACCUGCAGUAGGUCGGAUAGUUCUCUCUUUGAUAGUCCCCUCACAUGUGGGCAUAGGGAUUUUUCCCGGAUUCCCCAACCAAUGAUGGGAACUCUUAUUGUCAUCAUGGUAGGUCUUCCUGGGAGCGGUAAAACGUAUAUUGCGAAGCAGAUUCAACGCUACUUUCAAUGGAAUGGAUUACCAAGCAGUAUUUUUUCUCGCUCCAGCUAUGAAGACAACUUUGAAGGGGAAUCUCGCAUUUCUUCUGCCCUCGCAAAUGACAUGACACAAUUUAUAGCGGAAACCGACGGCGUGGCGGUGCUAGAUGGCACGAGCUGCAGCCCGUCAAGUCGUAGGGCGUUGAUGAGUGCGAUUAAAGAAACGGAGCGCAUUCCGCCGAAUCGUGUGGUAUUUGUAGAGGUUGUGAAUAAUGAUCCAGAGAUUCUGCAGUUAAAUGUGAAUCAUAUGAAGGAAAUGAAUCCGGAUGUCCCGGAAACUUUUGUUGAUGACUACUAUGCCUCGAUUGAACAGCUAAAAACCGUGUACAAACCCCUGAAUCCUACAGCUGACAAGGAUCUCACGUAUAUCCGCAUUGAAGAUCAGGUAACAUAUGCGCUUAAUAACAUUUCUGGAUGGAUGCCGACACGACUUUUCUACAUGUUGCAUAACUUGUGCCAUGCUCCUAGCAAUCUGUACCUUACCCGGGCAGGGGAGUAUGUUGACUUGGUUGCCGGUCGAAUAGGUGGAAAUUCACGACUGACAGAGCGUGGGCAGGCGUAUAGUGAAGCACUUUUUGAAUACUUUCAACAAGAGGUUCAGCUAAAUAAGGUUACUAUUAUGAGUAGUUGUGCUCUUCGCUGCACAGAAACAGUACAACGCUUUGAAGAACAGAGCGUGCUGCAACAGGUCGGUGCUGUGAAUCCACAGAGCGAGGCUCUAAAAUUGAGUUGUCGCGUGGUAUACUUACCCACACUUGACAACGUGAAUCAUGGGGAUUGCGACGGACAACUUUUUUCCGACGUCCGUAGGACGAUGCCAGGCACACUGCUGCAAAUGCAGGCAGAUCCCUACCACACCGCAUGGCCCAAUGGCGAGUGUAUCCACCAGCUUUACAACGCUCGCCUCGAGCCGCACAUUCACGACAUUCAAGCCAGCACCGAGCCUGUUCUCGUGGUCUCCCACCUUGUGCUGCUGCAGGGCCUCUACUCCUACUUUGUUUCUGAGAAUGACAGGUUUGUGGCCCCGCAAAAUGCCUAUCAAAUUGAAAUUCCCCUCGAGAGUGUCAUUAAAAUUCGUCGGGUGGGUGUCAACCGCAUCGCGGAGAUCAUUGACCUCUCAAAGGAAGUUGACAAAAUUGAACGGCGCCGCACCGGGAAGGUGACAAAACCGACGAAACACAGCGAGCUAGAUAUUUUCUACUCCACUGCGAAGAGGUGA